UCAAUAUCGAUCAGAUCAUAUAUAUCAGAAACUAAAGAUCGAAAUGAUGAUGGAGAUUGAGGAAGUGAGGAGUUUCCAGCAGCCGCUGCCUCUUCUCUCACUCAACCAUGUUUCUCUUCUGGUUAAGGAUGUCUGGGAUUCUGUCAGAUUCUACGAAGAUGUCUUGGGCUUCUGCUCUGUUAAACGCCCUUCAUCUCUCAAUUUCCACGGAGCUUGGUUGUACAACUAUGGCAUUGGCAUACAUUUGCUGGAAAAUGAAUCCCUCCAAGAUUGUGACACUGCGAACCAGCCUCGUCCAAUUAAUCCCAAGGACAACCACAUUUCUUUUCAGUGCACGGAUGUGGUGGUGGUGAGGAAGAGAUUGGAAGAGAUGGGGAUGAGAUACGUGACGGCGGUGGUGGAGGAGGAGGGGAUAACGGUGGAUCAAGUAUUCUUCCACGACCCGGAUGGGUACAUGAUUGAAAUAUGCAACUGUGAAAACAUCCCAAUGCGCCCUCUCGCUUCCGUCGCCUGCCCUUUCAAGAUUAAUAAUCCCAACUUCAACAAAAAUCCAUGCGCCGCCAUUGGCGGCGGGGCUACUACUGGGUUCGAUGGUCCCUGCCGCAGGUUCAUGGAGACAACUCUCAUGAUGGAGAGCUUGAGCAUGGACAUGCUCAACUUCUCAUUUUAAUUUCUCAAAUUUAAUUUAACGUUUGAUUUGAUCGUCCUAAGAAAGACCGCAAGAUCAAACGUUAAAUCACAUGUUAUGCAUACAUUAGAAACUUAAUGUAUGUAUGUAUGUGUGUGUUAAUGUCUCUUGUUUAAUUAAGUAUUUAUGAUUUGCCCAGAAGAGUACAAAACGUACUCAAUUUCGCAUUCCAGAUUGUAUUGCAAAUAUCAAAGCUAGGGUGGUUUGGUAUGUGUGUGAUGGAUUAUUGCAUAUUGAAUUUGUAUAAAGUAAUAAAUUUGAAUUGAAGUAAAUAAUAUCAUGUAUUCAUGUUUGCGUU